AUGGACGAUUUUGAUGUACUCAGUAACGACCAAGCUAAUAUGCUGCGUCAGUUUCAGGAAGUCACAAAUAUCCAAGAUGAACAAAUGGCAUUAGCAACACUGGCAUCAUUGAAUUGGGACUUGCCAAGGGCUAUAGAAACACAACUAUGUAGUAAUAGUGAUGAUGUAGAUCAAAUGGAAGUUGAUAAUUCAUUUAUAGUGGAACAUCACAACCAGAGCUUACGACAAGCAGGGAUCACAGAACCUGAGGAUCGAUCGAGAAAUAGCGCAAUGGAUAAUGAAGAUGAAGAUUCUGAUUUUCGUUUUGGACGUUUGAUAGCUGGCGGGUCAGUAGAAAAAUCAAGCAGAAACCAAAUUUCUCCUCAUAACAAUGACUCAAAAGCCAUGGAAUCUUCACAACAUCGAGUCUUACUAACAGCGUCAUCUUCGGGUAGUGGCACUAGUUCUCGCGUCACGCGAUCACGUUCACGUCUAACUGAUGAAGCGCAGCAUGAUGUUUGGCCUACUGCUACCAUGCGCAGAUUUCUUGUUGAUGCAGAGAAUAGUGAUUCUACUGAUAAUGAUGCUAAUGAGGAUGAUGAUGCUUAUCACGAUGCUGCUUCUUUUGGACAAUCGAAUGAAGAAGAUGGGAAGCCAUCGUUUCAUGAUGAUCGUGUGCCAUUAGUGCCUUCUGACUUCACCUCCGUUGAUGAAGCGUUGCAUAACUUUGUAACUGUUUUUGAGGCUAGGUACGGUGGAAAUCACCCACCUUUCUAUUCUGGUCCUUUGCAAGAUGCUUUACGUGAAGCACUGGAGGCACCAGGGCGGCCAGUUGCAGAGCGUCGACCACUUGCCGUUUAUCUACAUAAUGAUCGUGCCGUUGCGUGCAACAUUUUCGCGAAAAAUGUACUUUGUUCGGGAUUGGUUUCAUCGCUUCUCAAAGGGCAGUUUAUAACGUGGCCUUGGGAUAUCACACAAAAGGAGAAUAGGCUUAAAUUGUUUGAGUGGAUCGAUGUGUUGAACGUCCGCGACAUAAGACAAACGCUGGAAAAAUUUUCUGAUGAACGAUUCCCCUUGCUAGUGGUUAUUAUCAAGGAAAAAAGUGUCAUCUUACCAAUAAGUGUCGCUUGGGGGUGCGAUGGACCGGAACAAGUAGUGAACAAACUGAUGGAAGGAUUGGAGGAGUAUCAACGUAUCAAAACUGCUGAAGCUGCUGAAGAAAGAGAACGCUUUGAAAGGGAAAAAAUACGAGAGGAGCAAGCAAGAGAAUAUGAACAGUCGCUAGCACAGGAUAGAGCUCGUCAGGAAAGACUUGAACGUGAAAAAAAUGAGCGGAAGGCUGAAGAAGAACGUCGAGCAAAAGAAGAACAAGACAAGACAAAGCGUUUGGAAGAAUUAGCAGCAAGUUUGCCAAUGGAACCGGCAGCAGAUGAAACAAAUAUUGCAGUUGUGCGAGUUCGUUUCCCGGAUGGAAAAAUGCAAUUUCGCAUGAGCGAACCGCUUCGUAAUGUAACGAUCUUUGUUGAAUCAAAAGGAUAUAGUUUAGAUACACAUCGAAUUUGGACCUCAGAUGUGCCAAUGAAAAAUGUGGUAGAAUCAUAUGAUCUCAACCGUUCAUUAGCUGACAUUAAAUGGCCGGUUCGUGAGCAGAUCACUGUGGACGAGAAAUGA